CGCCAUGUUACACUGGAGGCGAUAAUCCAAGAUGGCGGCUGAGUGAAACUGUGUUGAGUGAAUCUCCUGAAAACACUAGCGAUUUGUAGUGUCUAAUCAAAUCGUGUAGUGUGUAAAUUGGGUUUAUAUUGUUUUUGACGUGUCAUUGGAUUUAUACGCAAAAUUCUUCGUUGGAUUAACUAGUCAUGGAUUCCAAAGCUGCUGUGAUACUCAUCUUGGGCGCCCUCGCCGCCGCCGCAAGCGCACAGCUCAUUCAACGCCCAAGUAAAGAGGCGACCAUCAAGAACGUGCGAAUCCUCUGCAACAGCAAUGACAUCGUCGUAUCGAUCGAAACUUCCGAAAACUUCAACGGCAUGAUCUACCCGAAAGGACUCUCGAAAAACUCCUCGUGCAUGGUAGAGUUUAAGGACCAGAUAAGCCCCGUGCUGUAUAAGCUUCCCCUGAAGUCAUGCAGUACCAUGAGCUCCGAGAUGGAGGAUGGUAUCGAGUACUUCAACACAGUGGUAGUACAACCACAUAGGAAGCUGGUAACCAAUCAGGGCCGCGGUUACCACAUCCGCUGCAAAUACCAAACGCAGGAGAAGACUGUUACCAACGCCUUCAAUGUCAGCGGCGAUUUCGUCACGGAUGUCGAAUGGAAGGCGCCCAACGGAUCAAGCUUCAUUGGUACGACGCCGCUCACUGCUACGGCGCCUAUGCCAGGUUGCUACAUGCGGAUCUUCGCCGGAACUCCUGACGACAAAAAGGUCGCAGAGAACGUGCGCAUCGGCGACCCAUUGACCAUGGAGAUAUCCCUUGACGACCAGGAAAUUUACGGCAUGAAAGUUACCGACUGUCUUGUCCGUGACGGACUAGGAUGGGGAGAGCAAAUGCUUAUCAACGAAGAAGGCUGUCCUGUAGACUACGAAAUUUUGGGAGGCUUUGAGUAUGAAUCAACCAAGACGAAAGCCAUCGUCCGUUUCCAGGCCCACAAGUUCCCGUACACCUCGUCUGUCUACUAUCAGUGCAACGUCAAGCUGUGUAUUAAGAACGCGGGAGGCUGCGAUGAUGUGCCGCCCGUGUGUGUGGAGGGACAGAACGUACUGAGGCGUCGCCGCAGGGACGUGUCGGAGGUCGACGGCAACGGUACCCUGAAGGAAGUGGAGGCCGAGGUAGACGAAAACCUCACCAUUGAAGUCUUCACUGGGCUCUACGUCAACGAGGAUGAUGACCAGAUCCCAGAUCCCGAGCAAGAGAUCCUGACCCCCAUUAAGGAAGAGCUAGAGGACGACCCCAACACCUUCUGCCUUUCCCCAAGGACUUUCGCCAUCGGCAUCGCUAUCGCCGGUCUCCUCCUGAUGGUGGCCGUCAUUGCUGCCAUUCUCAUCCUGAUCUCCCGCCGACGUAGAAGGAAGGAGGACUCAACCACCGGAUCUUCCAUUUACUCGAGCCCCUACACCAAUACGGCCUACAGCCACUCGUCAUAGGGCACAUGAGGAUGGAACUAUGGGGCAGAUCAGACAUAUGGACGAGAAGAAAAGGGUCAAGAAAAACAAAAAUCGUAGGACAUGGAAAUGCGUAUGAAAAAGAGGAGCUCCAAGGGGGGGACUAUCCUUCUGAAGGAAAGAUUUUUCUUGUCUUGUGACAUGGCGCUUUUCCAUUUCAUUUAUAUCUGUGGUCAGUGAUCGAUAAUUUAAAUAGUCUUUUUAUUCAUCGACUCUACAUUUUUUAUAUGAAUCGGAUAGCGCGUGAUGCUCGGUGGAUAACCAGUGAAACUGCUUUGAAAACGGAGUAACUGUAGCGAAUCUCAUGAAGGUGAUCGUAUGGUGCAAAAACAAAAGGCGAACGUCAUUCAUAUCCCUCAGAGUGCUAAGGCAGCUAUCACAUUAAACCACUAUAUAUAUAUUAGAGAAAUACUCAAUGGUUUACUGAAAUGCAAUAAAUGAAUAGCCUUUAGAAGGUUUUGUUUAAAAUGGUGCUCCGGUAUUAACGGAUUUACGAUAGAUGCUAAUGAAAAAAAAAAAAUAGCUUUACACAUUGACUUACCAUUUAUUAGGGUUUUAUUUUUACUAAGCAUAUCGUUUAAUGACAGCUUCUCUGCCCAUUUCCAUGAUCUAGGUUUGUCAUAAUUGUUUUAAUUAAAUCUUAUAUAGUUGAACUUACUAACAGGUUGUGAAUCUGGUGUUGUAGGGGAUGAGGGGAAACAAAAGAAGGAAAAGAGCGGCGUAAAAAUGCUAGGCUGUAUCCCUGAUUUCUUUUCGAGAUUCCCGUGUGCAAAGUCGUCUCAUGCGAAAGGUCAGUGAGGUCUUGGGAGUUUAAGUGAAGCCUAUUAAUUUGAAAGUCAGACCUCGUAUCCCACUCCGUGAAAUGCCCAGUCCCUUCAUAUGCAGCCUAGCGCUACCCCAGCAUCAUCAAUUAAAUGACACUUGAAUGUGGCUUCAUGAUGAUAGUGCACCCAUUCCGGUUCUGUUUCUAUGGUGGGGUUUCCCCGCUCGUUUUCUUUUUAGUAACAGUCUCCCCUCUCUUCUCACCCUACUUAUCAUACUCCGUCCACAAGGUUAACUUUAAUAUCUGCAUGUGUAUGAUUUUUGUUAGUAUUAGGGCGACUGCGGCAAAAGUGACUUAAAAUAUGAAAACUCGCUGGCUGUCCUAACAUGAAUUGUGUAUGACGGGCCAGUGUUGGUUUAUUUUAAUUACCCAUCUACCCAUCCCCCAUUGAACACAGACCGCUUCCCCCAUUCGCUAUUUGUGGAUGGUAUGAACACGAAUAAUUAUUAAAAUAAGGUUUUGACUAUGUAUGAGGAACACAAUCCCUCGAUUUACAUACAAAGCUGACUUGAGAAGAGAUGCGAACACUGUGACAAAUGUGGUAGGAGAUAAAAUUUGUGGGAAAAAAGGAUAAUAAUGAAUGUAAAUGUGGUUUGAUAUGAAAGGGAGUAAUAAUAGUAAGACGAAUAGUAAAUGUGCAGCAAAGGAAAAGGAUAGUCGUUUUUCUUUAAACUAGUUACUUUGAUGAAAUAAAACAGAUUGUCUGUAUUCUCGUCUGGUGUUUGUUAAUUAUCUCAUACAGUUUAUAAUGUUCGCAUUCUCACUAUAGAAUUGCUAUAGUUUAGUGCCAUAAGCCGAGCGCUUACUGAUACUUGAAUAUUUAAUAUAAGUUCCUCACGAAAGAAAAUAAUACGUUGCUUUUCAAUACUUUUUCCAACACCUCAUUUUACAAAGGUACAAAACAUGGGAUAACUACAUGUAGACUUUUAAUUCAUACCUGAUAUCUCAUUUUGGCAAGUUGGGGUGGAUCGGUUUCCAAAAAUGAAUCUCAUUUAAAUAUUCUGUAUGGUCCCAUAUAGAGGGAAAUUAUCAAACUUAAUGGGCACAUUAUAGAACAAAAAUCAAACAUCGAAUUUAUAUACGCUUAUUUAUUAUUUCGUUAACAUUUUAUAUAGAAUGUUUAGGUGAACUUUAAAUUGAGAAACUUAGGUUUCCCAGAGGUAGGGGAGCGGUCUGAUGAAUUGUGAUACAGGUUUCUCUAAACAACAGUUUUCUUUUCUUCCUCAUGAUAUUAUUCUACUAUGUUCCUGUGUAACGAAAAUGCAGCAUGUUGUAGUUUCAAAGAUAUUUAGUGUGUAGAUAUAUUUGUGUUGUCAUUUGUUGGGCUUUCAAUGUAAUUCUUUUUGUAACACUCCUCUUUAUACUAUAAACCAUCUGCUAACGCAUUUUUCCUGUAUGACACAAGUGAUACCAUAUGAGAUUUGCAAUUAAUUUGUAAGCAGAAUCUCUUGUGCCUGUUUGACUGUCUUCAUAUUAUCAAUAAUUUUACAUUAUAAUCCACGGCCCCAGGGCAGCUAUUAGUU